UUUUUUUUUUUUCCUGUUGUGAUUCUUAAACGGGUGCUUUCCUAAAGCAAAGGCAGUUUCUCAAUAUUGGUUCCCUGAUUUACAGAGGUCUUCCAAGUGCUAGUAUAUUUCUUUACAGCCUAUCAAACAUUCAUAAUUUUUACUAAAUUUCAUCAGAAGCACUGGGUAGGUAGAUACAUUUUCUUCCUUCCUUCUUUUUUUUUUUUUUUUUUUAAAUAGGCCCUCAAAUAAUCCAGGAUGGGUUUCCUGCUUUUUAAAAAUCUCUCAGGUGCUGAGACUACAGUUCUGUGUACCACUGUGUCUAAUAUUCUCUAAAAAAAAAUCACAAUUUUCAGUUAUAAGUCGAAUAAAUUCAACAAAUAAUUGUUUGUGAUGUUAGUUAUCAAACCCAGGGAACUGCACAUGCCAGGAAAGUUCCAAACCAUGGAGCUAUAUUUCAAUCAUGUGUGUCCUUUAGAUUAAAUAUCUACUAAUUAACCCAGUCUGCAUGAAUAUAGCAUGCUAUACAUUAUUUACAGCAAAAAUUGUGCCCUGAGAAUAAAGUGGAUUUUAGUUUCACAGCUCAAUCACACAAAUGCUUUACCAUUUUGUUGAAGUGCCACUUUCUCAUGUACUCGGGAGAACAGGCAAAUCUCCAGUGGAGUUACAGAUCCUAAAUCCCUGUACUUGGGAAGCUGACGCAGGAAGCUCAAGUUGGAGGUCAGCUUGCAGUGCACAUUGAGACCUGCCUCAAAUAAGCAAAAAUAAAUGCUAAUACAAUAGGACAUAUGGUGAGCAUUCAUUGACUUUUCCAUUUGUGUGUUUAUGUGCACAUGUGUGCAUGCCAAUGGCACGUGUAGAAGUCAGAUAAAUAGCAAGAGUCAGUUCUUCCCUACCAUGUGAGUUCUGGGGAUAGAACUCAAUUAUCAGGCUCAGCACUCACUGAUAGGCCCCAACCUACUUUUCUUUCCCCAAAUACUUGUUUCUUUCUCAAAGACGGCUACCAUUGUUUACUUUCUUCUUUUUUAAAAAGAUUUAUUUAAUAUGCAUACAGCAUUCUGCCUGCAUGUGCACCUGCAGGCCUGUAGAAGACUCCAGACCCCAUUACAGAUGGUUGUGAGUCACUUUGUAGUUGCUGGGAAUUGAACUCAGGACCUCUGGAAGAGCAGCCAGUGCUCUUAACCUCUGAGCCAUCUCUCCAGCUCCCAUUGUUUACUUUCUUCCAUGUUUUUCCAGUACUAUUCACAAGCAUUAUCUAUAUACAAACUCAAUCUUUCCUACCAAGUAAAUAGUAAUAUAUUAAUAAAGUAUGGAUUGUAUUACAUUGAAGUGGAAGCUUCUGGUAUGGAAAGUCAGUUAUGUCAAAUGAUGGUUUGCUGGGGCACACAGGUGAAAGGCACACAGGUGAAAAGAUGUUUUACUAUAAUGGACAGGUGAAAGGACCCAUGAUGAAGGAAGAAGUAUAUGACUCCCCCAUCCCCUGACAGUGGGGGACAAGCACUGAGCAUUGCUUUGGUUUGCUCUGCCUCAUUAUUCUUUGCUAACAACACUCAUGUAUUGGUUUUCCUUACAUGGCGUUGAGCUCAACUUGUGCUAAGGCAGCCAUUAAGAGAAACUGUGAGAUUCCUGUGGCAGCUUGCUGCUCCAGCAGUCUCACCUCAGGCCGGUUGGUGAGUCUUGCAUUUUCUUCAUGAACUAUAGAUGCUGGUUUGAGCCUGGUGCCUGCCCAGAGGCUGGUCUGUAGCUACUGAGUCUCAUUAGGUAUUUGCUAUGGGACUGCACUGCUGCCGAAGAAGAUAGAGCUCACUCCCCAAAGAACUGUUGUUAAACAGGUCACUUCCCCAUAUCCUAAUAACUUUUUUCUUCCACUAGCUCUUCUGGAUAGUGGGUUAGAGAGGUUGUACCCUUAUUAAAAGUAGGUUGCAAAAAGUUCAUGCCUGUAUUACAUAGUUUUUAUUAUAGCUUGGAUAUGAAGUUCCUCCCUGAAAACAUUCAUGUUUUGAAGACUCAACUAGGGGAUCUAAUCAUUGAGUGGUAGUUGGAUCAUGAGGGCUCUGAUUUAAUCAAUAUAUUGACCCAAUGAUGGGUUCAUAAUUUCAUGGCAUUAUGGAUGAGUUGAUAGAAACUUUUGAAGGUGCUGCUAGAGGAAGUAGUUUACCAGAUCUAGGGGCUGGUGAGAUGGUACAGUGGGUAAAGUUGCUUGUGGCUGUAGUAAAUAUGAGUCUUUUUCCUAUUCAAUACUAUAAAAAUCUAAGUUUACAACAAGGAAUUUGAGUGUUUUUUCCCCUCUCCAACCUUGUAAGUUUUUAUGCAAAUGUUGCAAUCCUUCCUCUGUUUGCACAAAGGUACUUGCACACUUGAUGGCCUAGGGUAGUGACCCCUUUCCUUCACUUCCUUUGCACCAAUUCCUUUCAUACUAAUUAAUACUGUGAGGUGACCCCAGCCAGCCAAUGAGGAAAAGACACAGGCACUACCAAAUGCACUUCCUAUCUCACUGUGUUCAUGCUUCUGAGUAUAUCUUGUUGAUCAAGGGGAAGGUUUGCCUUUUUCAGACUCCUCAGUUUAAAUAGAGGGCUCUUUUUUUUCUUUCAACCCUGAAUUUAUUUCUAACACUGCCAAGCCUGAUGACCUGAAUUUGAUCCUUUGACUCAUAUGGUAAAAAGUAGAGAAUUGACUCCCUAAUUCUUUCUUUUGGAAUAAUUAAAAAAAAUCUUUUGAGUGAAGAACUUGCUAUUAUUGGGGUCACCUUCUGGGGUCUGCCUUUACUCCUAGAACCUGAAAGGCAGAGACAGGUGAAUCUCUUGAGUUCAGCCUGGUCUACAGAGUGAGUUUCAGGGCAGCCAAGGCUACACAGAAAAACCCUGUCUCAAAAAGCAAAAAAAGAAAAAAAGAAAAAAAGAAACAAAACAAAACAAAAACCACCCCCAAACCCAAACUAAAACCAACCAACCAAACAAACAAGAGGUGUGUGUUUAAUGUCGCCAGUAUUCAGGAGGCAGAGGCAGGUGAAUCUUUUCUGAGGCCAGCCUGGCCUACCAUGAGCUCUGGGCCUGCCAAAGCUACAUUGAGACCCUGUCUCAAAAACAAAAAGAAAAGAAAAACCCCAGGGCAGGCAAGCUCUAGAUUUCAGCACCUAUCAGGAGAUAAGGGGGCAGGGAGCCAUUUAAGGUGACAUGGAGGUCAGACACAUGGAGAACAAGCAGCCAUCUGUGGCAAGCCUUACAGAAAGAGUGAGGAGGCCCAAAGUAUUGGGAGAAAGAGAACGUGUAUCAAGGAAAAGCAAUGCAUUAAGCAAAUGGAAAGAAGAAAAGUCAUAUUUGGACAGUCGGCAGACUUACAAGCAGAGCUGCCACUCAGCUCCUAAGAUACUGCACAAGGGGUGGAGAUUCUGGGAUGGAAAAGUACAGUAUCUCAUUAAAGAACUAAUUAUUCCACCUAUCUCUCUAGUAUGGCUUAAGGUGGUCCCUUUGCCAGUUACUGAACCAGCCCAGCUGGAAUGUCAGGUCUCCAACCCAGACUACAGAUUCCAUUCUCUUGACCAGAAGUUUUUCUCUAGGCUACCUCAAACUUGCCAAGAAGCUGGGGUUAAGGGAGUAAGUCAGUUUAGAAUUAUGAUUUACAGAUAAGCUGCAAAGAUAGCAGAGAUUUAAAUACACUCUUUACUCACCUUCUUUAAUGUGAAGGUUGAAAAUUAUGGGGCUUUGCCAAGACCAAGACAUUAACAUUGUUACAGCACUACUCAGGAAACUAUUCAGACAUCACUAGUUACAUUCUCUGGUUCCCUAGAAUGUUAAUAGAAUGAAUUUGAAAAGUGGCAUUGUAGUUAAAUAAUUACUUGCAUUAAAAAAAUUCACAAACUUUGGUCUGGUGUGGAGGAGUCUGUCUGUAGACUGAGCACUGGGGAAGCUGAGUCAGACAAGGUUUCAGUUUGUGGUCAGCCUAGGUUGUAUGUACACAUAAACACACACACCCAUUCAACUUGGCUGAACUAUAGGGCAGUCAUAGUUCACAUACUUGGCUCGCACAGGCCCUGGGUUCAAGCUUCAGCACAGAAAAGAAUCCUUUCUUUCAAAGAAAUCACCGGACCUUUAUAACUAGUAGCCCCUGUCUGAGUGUCGUUGUUUCUUGAGGUUGGACAGAGUGGGAUAGAAAGUGUUUUAGGUUGUAUUGGCAUAGAUACCUACAACAUUUCUAGAUUUAUAUCAUAGCAAAAAUCCUUUGUAGUGUUCAGUUGUUCAGUAUAUAGUUGACGGUCCUUAUAACCACUAGAGGGCUCUGCUAUAAGAUCUUUUAUAAUUUAUGUCUGUCUACUCAGGGAAAGGCUUUGAGAUGUUUCAGAAUUUUGAACUCUUAAGUUUAAACAACCUCCUCAUUUCACAGACGAGGGAACCGCAGCUGGCAACGGAUAUAGGAGAGAAGUGGGAGCACUCUUAGACUGGUUUCUCUCGAACUCAUGAUCCUCCUGCUUCUGUCUCCCAAUCUAGGAUUACAAGCCUAUACCACUACAUUCAGCUCGUAUUAGUCUUAUGAUGGAAUACUGAACUGAUUGAUUAGGUGAAUACAUGAAACAUACUCCUAAAAUAAUACCUUCAUUAUUUCACAAUGUUAUUUUCAAAAGUAUUCCUCAGCAUCUACAUUCCGUUAUUUGUUUUAAACUCUACUAACCACUUUCAAAUAGCCUCUCAACGUUGUUGCUCAAUUAAAACAUUUUACUCGGUCAUCUUUUCUCCACUCAAUUAUAUUCACUCACUGCUUAUUGACAUCUACGAGCGCCAAAAACCUUUGUAGGUCUAAAGUUCUUUCGGCCUUCUAUUUCUCCAACUGUCACUAUAAAUUAUACAGACUUUCACAUGCUUAAUUCAGCCAUUCUCACAGCGUGGUCGCUGAAAAACAGGCAGCAGGGAGUUUGCUCGCAAUGCAAAUUCUUAGCCCCAUCCAGACUCUAGGGAUAGGUCCUAGUAAUCUAACCAGCUCUCCAGGGAUUCCGAGGUGCGUUCAAGUUUGAAAAACAUGUUAGUUCUACAGCUCAGCAUUGACUAUCUAAACAGGUCAAAGAUUUAACUUCUGGCUUUUAAACUCAUCACAGGCCUGUCCCCGGCAACACCUGUAUCAAUUACAACCCGUGGGACGCAACCAUUACACAACCUUAAAAAUCUGUAAUACCUGAGAUGACCGAAUAAUAGUUGCGUUAUCAUGGUUCCAGAACAAAAGCUACGGCAGUGGAUAUCCCGGGGGUUUACCAACGGACGCUGGGCAGGACCCAGUUCCUGCAUAGUUUUUUCCUCCGCUAGACACAGGGAGGCACCUCUAGCCCGUGGGUUCUGGGUCUGGCCGAGUUAGAGCGAGGCUCAGCCCGGCUGGGGCCCCGGGAACCCGCCAGGCGGGGCUCCCACCUCGGGUCCGUGGCUAGGGACUGGAGGCCUCACCGUAAAGGGGGCCGAGGGGCAGGGGAGGACCCCGCAGGCCCAAACCCCGCGGACCGGCACAGAAACCGCACCCUCCUGGCCCCAGCCGCCGGCAGGGCGGAGCCACGCGGCCGAAGCCCCGGCUGAGACGCGCGGCGCGGGCUCGCUGCUGAGACGUAUGGGGCUACCACUGGAGCGGCUGCGCCGCCCGCCCGGGUCAGCGUGGUGCGCAUGCGCGGACCCGGCGCCAUUUUGGUGGCCGGGCGCGGAGACGAGCAAAAAUCAAAUUAAAGUAGAUCUUGUAGAUGAGAAUUUUACAGAAUUAAGAGGAGAAAUAGCAGGACCUCCAGACACACCGUAUGAAGGUGGAAGAUAUCAACUAGAGAUAAAAAUACCAGAAACAUAUCCAUUUAACCCCCCUAAGGUCCGGUUUAUCACUAAAAUAUGGCACCCUAAUAUUAGUUCCGUCACAGGGGCUAUUUGUUUGGAUAUCCUGAAAGAUCAAUGGGCAGCAGCAAUGACUCUGCGCACAGUAUUAUUGUCAUUGCAAGCACUGCUGGCCGCUGCAGAACCAGAUGACCCCCAAGAUGCAGUAGUAGCAAAUCAGUACAAACAAAAUCCUGAAAUGUUCAAGCAGACAGCUCGACUUUGGGCACACGUGUAUGCUGGAGCACCAGUGUCUAGUCCAGAAUACACCAAAAAAAUAGAAAACCUCUGUGCUAUGGGUUUUGAUAGGAACGCAGUAAUAGUGGCCUUGUCUUCAAAAUCAUGGGAUGUAGAGACUGCAACAGAACUGCUUCUGAGUAACUGAGGCACAGGAGCUGCCAGCCACGCUCGCCCCUUCCUGAGGAGCGUCCACACCUGUCAUUUUUAGGAUUCUGCAUAAAUUUCUUUUAAACUGGCAUUCUUGCCUAAUGAUGUUACCUAGGCACCAUUGGAGACUGCAAAAAAAAAAAAAAAAAUUACCUGCUCUGUAAAUAAAGCUAAUUAAACGUCUGUGUAAAUUUAAAAA